GUGUAGGUAAGGAAAGAGAAGGGUCGAUAAGAUGAGUGAACCAGCUAUCUCUCAGCGAGGAGUGAGUGUCUGCGAGCAACCUUUGGUACAUGUAGAGUUGUCUCUUUCUAUGGUUUAUGAAGUUCUUGUUCGACGCAGGCAACGCAACAAGACCCAGUCCCAGUUCUGGAUGCCUCUGGGAUAUGCUCCGAUCAUCAACCGAGUUGUUACCUAGGUCUGCUCCCACCUGCCUCCUUGUCGGACUGCGGACGGAUAGAACGCACGGAAGCGUUGCCGGA